AACAAAAUCGCAUAUUCAUAUGUAGUUCGUAUUUGUUGUCUGUUGUGUUCGCCAUAAUGUUGAUGUGAAAUUGUAAUAUAAAAUAUUCAUCCCGAUGUUGGACUUAGGCCUUUAUCAAUGUAGUAAUCACACUUUCAUCAAGAAUAUAUCCCAGGGAAGCAUUUCGUGGAUACCAAAGAAAGCUUCAAACGUGUUUGAAGCUUUCGAGGCCGUAUUCAUGGAACUAUGAACCUGGACUCGUUGUCUUUUGCUUUGUCACAAAUAAGUUAUUUGGUUGCAAAUUUAACAAAGAAAAAUUACAAACAAAGUACUCAGGAGUUAUCACAUUUGGUGACAUCGUACGGUCUCGAGGCAGAUAGACACUUGCUGCGUUGUCUCUUCUCACACAUAGACUUCAGUGCUGAGGGGAGCAAAACCAGCAGCAGUAAAGAUUUCCAUCAGAUCCAGCUGCUGGCCCAGGAGUGUGUGGCUUUGUUAACGAAGCCCACCCUCAUCUCGAAUCUCUGUUACGCGCUUGAUAAUCCUUUGCAUCAUCAGAAGGCCCUGAAACCUUCAGCACAGUUGUUCUCUCUGCUGAGCAAAGUAUUGAAGCUUACACCAGUGCAAGAAGUGGUAUUUGGCCUAGCUCUUCUGCAUUCUUCAAAUCCAGAUACGCAGAAUUUUGCUUCCCAAUUUGUGAAAUUAAAGUUACCUGACUUAAUAAGAUCAUAUAUAGACACUGAGAGCAGCAGCAGCCAACAGGAGGGAGGGCUCCACGAAGCCGCUCCUGAAGUUUUGCAUUUGAUACUGACAAAUCUUCUUUACGGACCGAAGGAUCAGUUCGGAAUAGUAACUGAAACAAGAGAAACAUUCUUGAAAAGUCUUCGUCGUGAUUUUCCUCGAGAGCUAGUACCUGUUGUCUUGGCUCCAUUGUUAUAUCCAAAUAAACCAGAUCUGCCUAUGGAUAAAGUUAACCAAGACAAUUCAACCAUGACUAACACAAUGUUGGAUGGUUCAUUAGCAGACCUGAUCAUGGAGAUAGGAUAUGGGUUCUGUUCAUCGCUUGAAGAGUGUCGUAAUAGUCUUGUGAAUCUUGGUGCUUGUGAAAUGUCACCACCAGCAGUGGCUCGUGUACUGGGCAUGAUGGUUCGCACACACACGGGCCUUGAGGAGCAGGUGGCCCUGCAAAAUAUCCAGACUCCCGCCAGCUUCUGGAGCAGUGCUGGAGAUUCAGGUUCAAAAGACAAGGGAACCACAGAUGCCAAUCAUCCUACUUCAUGGAACGUAGAAAUAUUUGUACAGACGGUGAAGGAACUGGUUCCAAAUUUGCCUUGGAAAGAUAUCAUUCUGGAGCUGGACCACACAGAAUUUGUAGUGAAAGACAGGCAAGGAUUGACUCUUCUGUUUACUGGCCUCAGACUGGGACUUCAGAGUCAUGGAUUCCAUUCAGAAAUGUUUCCCGUAGAUCUCUUGUACAGGCAUUGGAAGAAUGCAGAUGGCCAGGCAUUGUCGAUGUUGCUGAAUGCUCAGUCCUUUCCGUUUGUUAUCGAUUUGGCAUGUCUUGCAUCACGACGAGAAUACCUGAAACUGGAGAAGUGGCUGACUGACAAAAUCCGCGAACACGGAGAGGCGUUCAUCUCGGCCUGCAUAAAGUUCCUGCAGCGGCGGUGUCCGCAGAUAAUGGGGAGUGCUGUGAAGGAGGAAAACCUGCCAAAAUCAGCGCAGCUACCUCAUGAAACAUUAACAACAAUGUUAGCGUGUCUUCAGGGAUGUGCAGGGAGUGUCUCGCAGGACUUGUCUGAAACAAUCUUGACGAUGGUGGGGAAUUGCAGCAUAUUGCUAACUAAACCUCGACAAGCACCUCCUGGAGUCCUGCGACACAGAGGCAUAGAACCAACAUUCAACCCAUCAACACUCGGAGGACAGUUGUUUCCUGUGACCCAGGUCCCACAAGUGGACGCUAUAGCGAAUAUUGGUUCAAGUUUGGCCAGUAUGAGUCUUGCUGGUGCUCCAGCAGGUAUGGGACCCCCUAGCAGCUCAGCUUUCAACCUACCAGGUGCAUUGGGUCCAUUGGUUUCAGCACCAGGAUCCCCCUCCAGACUUUUGGGUCCUGCUGCCCCAGGUUCUUCACAGAGUCCAUUUCCCCUCAUUUCGUUAGGGUCUCAGUUGCAGCACACAGGAGCUGUUGGAACCCAGGUUGGACCGGGACCGACUGCCACAUCUCUUGUUCCCGGUGUUGGGGUCAGUGCGAUUGGGGCACUUGGAGGACGCAUAGGCCCACAGACUGCGGUGGAAAAGACACGACUAGGUGAAGCUUCAAACAUCUUCCCAGAAAUGUCGCAGAAUGUGUCAAAGGAAAUUGAAGAUGAAGCAAAUAGCUACUUCCAGCGAAUUUACAACCACCCACCACACCCAACCUUAUCAAUUGAUGAGGUCUUAGAAAUGCUGAAAAAGUUUCAAGAUUCACCCAACAAGCGAGAACGAGAGGUCUUCAACUGCAUGUUGCGGAACCUCUUUGAAGAGUACAAGUUUUUCCCUCAGUAUCCAGACAAGGAACUACAUAUCACUGCUCAGUUGUUUGGUGGUAUUAUUGAACGAGGUCUUGUCAGUUAUAUGACGCUUGGGCUGGCACUGCGAUUUGUACUGGAUGCCCUCAGGAAACCGAAUACAAGCAAAAUGUACUACUUUGGAAUUGCAGCACUUGAUAGAUUCAAAUCUCGGUUGAAGGAGUAUCACAAAUAUUGUGAACAUGUGGCUGCAAUCCAGCAUUUUUGUGACUUCCCCCCUCACCUGAUUGAGUAUGUGGAAUAUGGCCUGCAAGCCCAAGAGCCUCCAAAUAGGCCCCAAGGUUCUGUUCUCCCAGUUACUCUGCAGUCAAUCUUGACUCCAAUCCCGGCCUCCACAACUGCAUACAAAACAAAUACCUCAACGACGGUGACCACUACAACAACAGUAGCUAAAACACCAACAACCACGCCAGCAAUAGCAACACGACCAUCGAUUGCAAAUGCCACAAACAUCGAUACAUUGUUGGUAGCAACUGAAAAGGAAGACAAAAUGACAGCUCCCCCUGAAGCCCUUCAGGACAAAAUUGGUUUUGUCUUCAAUAACCUAAGUCAGCUGAAUUUACAGACAAAGUGUGAUGAGCUGCGAGAUAUUGUGACAGAGGAAUAUUGGCCCUGGAUGGCCCAGUAUUUAGUGAUGAAGCGAGCCAGCAUAGAACUUAACUUCCACACACUGUAUUCAAAUUUUCUGGACGUCUUGAAGAUACCGGAACUCAAUCAGAUGGUGCUACGAGAGACAUUUCGAAAUAUCAAAGUCCUGUUACGAAGUGACAAGGGUAUUGCAAACUUCUCUGACCGAUCCUUGUUGAAGAAUCUGGGACAUUGGCUUGGAAUGUUGACUCUUGCAAAGAGCCGUCCCAUUCUGCAGGUUGACAUAGAUUUGAAAGCCUUGCUUGCUGAGGCAUAUCACAAAGGACAACAGGAACUCCUGUAUGUUGUACCGUUUGUUGCUAAAGUACUGGAAUCAUGUUCAAAAAGUAAGGUGUUCAAACCCCCAAACCCAUGGACUAUGUGUAUUAUGAAUGUUCUGGCAGAGUUGCAUCAAGAGGCAGACCUCAAGCUGAACUUGAAGUUUGAAAUUGAAGUUCUAUGCAAGAAUUUGAACAUCGAUGUCGUCGACCUGAAGCCUUCUGUAUAUCUGAAGGACCAGGAGAAGCUGAGGAACUUGGAGUAUCAGUUGUCACAUCCCAAUAAGAAACCAGAACCCUCUGCCCCACCAGCCAUGUCACAGUCUCCAGCCCAGCAGCCACAGCAGCAACCAGCUCCGGCCGCCACAUCAGCUGCAUCUGCGGCAUCUGCAGAAGAGGUGUCCCAAGUUGCGAUCUCAUCCUCAGCAACGCCUCCCACUUCUGUGGCACCGACAAACACUACACCUACUUCCAGCGUGCCAUCUGGGCCACCAGAUCCUCGGUUCAGUUACAUGGAUAUCAGCGUUACAGGAAUUGGCAAUCUCGCACCUCAUGUAUCAGUCAAUGGACAAGUGGUUUUGUUCCAAGCUCACCCUCAACUGAAGCAGUUCAUUCGUCCAGCAGUAGAGAGGGCAGUACAGGAAUGGAUUCACCCGGUUGUGGAUCGCUCCAUCAAGAUAGCACUCACCACGUGUGAACAGAUAGUGAAGAAAGAUUUUGCCUUAGAUCCAGAUGAGUCCCGUAUGCGAGCAUCUGCGCAUCACAUGGUUCGAAACCUGACUGCAGGAAUGGCCAUGAUCACAUGUCGUGACCAGUUGCUGGUGUCAAUUAGUACAAACCUGAAGCAAACAUUUUUAUCUGCACUUAUGGGUGCCACACCUCAGCAGAAAGAAUUGGUGGAGCAGGCUGCAACAGCUGCAGCUCAGGACAACAUGGAGUUGGCCUGUGCUUUCAUUCAGAAGACGGCCAUCGAGAAAGCGAUUCCUGAAAUAGACAAGCGACUUCUAACAGAGUUUGAAUUACGAAAACAUGCACGCAAUGAAGGUCGGCGCUACUGCGAUCCUCUAGUACUUACAUAUCAGGCUGAGCGCAUGCCAGAACAGAUUCGCCUGAAAGUGGGGGGAGUUACGUCUCAGCAGAUGGCAGUCUAUGAAGAAUUUGCACGUAACAUUCCCGGCUUUCUCCCUCUGACGGACCGAGACGCUGCCUUGUUCAUCCCCAAAAAUGUUGCGCAGGACUCGAACCCAUCAGGGACACCAUUCCAAAAUACAGCACCCUCCCAACUGACAUAUGGAACAGACGAGCUUGGUGCAGUGUUUGAGAAAAUUACAAAUGAUUUAGAACAUUAUCUCCAAAACAUAAUUGGAAAUCAGGGAGUGAUACCAUCAAAUUGCCAGGUUAGCAGCCUGCACAGUCUGUUGGAGGCACUGAUAAUUGCCAGGAAAUCGAGAGAUGCCAUGUCGGCCGUUUCUCUGCUGCAAAAGGCUGUUGAAGGAAUGUUGGAUUGUUUGACCUCAAUGCCAAAUGACCCAGAACUGAUGAUAAGAUAUCGGGACAUUCACCUCAGAGUCUUGAAAGCUCUCCAAGAUCCGAGAGCUUACGGCGUGCAGUGGACUAACAAACAGGUGACCAGGUGUUUGAUGGAGUGUCGAGAAGAGUUCAGAUACAAUGUUGAUGCCAUAGACUGUCUCAUUCGGUCACACUUGGUCAAUCUGCAGCAGUAUGAUUUGCAUUUAGCGCACUCUAUGGAUAAUGGCUUGAACUACAUGGCCGUUGCAUUUUCCAUGCAGUUGGUGCAGCUCUACCUUGUGGAUGAACGCUUGAACAGCACUGUCACAGAGAGCGAUCUCUAUCAUACUAUCGAGAUGUUGGCACGUAUUGCCACGCACUCCAGGCAGCCUCCCGAUGGGUUAACGACCCUGAUUGAAUUGCUUCGAGCCAAUCAUGAUCCUGGUGUCCUAGUCGACCGAGCUCAGGGAGGACCUACAGCACAUAUUCAUUCAGGAAUCUUGCAAGUCAGGGCUCGAGACUUUGACGAUCCUCCCGGUCUGAUGGAGAAAACUGAAUAUUUGCUGCGGGAGUGGAUAUCCAUACAUUAUUCCGCUACGGCUGGAAGAGACCCAACGAGAGCCUUCAGUAUAUUUGUGCAACAGGUAUGGCCUAUUGCUAUGAACGGCCAUGGAAUCCUGAAAACUGAUGACCUUAUCACACGGUUUUUCCGUCUCAGCACUCAGAUGUGUGUUGAUUUAUGUUACCGGUUCCUUGCUGAGACGCCCAACACUCCAACUUUAGUUCGCACAAAAUGUUUCCACACACUCGAUGCUUUUGUGCGUCUCAUUGCAUUACUGGUGAAACACUCGGGCGAUGCUUCAAACACAAAUACGAAAAUCAACCUGCUAAACAAAGUGUUGGGUAUUGUUGCCGGAGUGCUGCUGCAAGACCACGACAAUCGCCUAGCAGAGUUCCAGCAGCUGCCUUAUCAUCGAAUCUUCAUCAUGCUGUUUCUGGAGCUGAACGCACCUGAAGCAGUCCUUGAGGCCAUCAACUACCAGGUUCUCACAGCGUUCUGCCACACACUGCAUAUUUUGAGGCCUGCCAAAGCUCCGGGCUUUGCGUAUGCAUGGCUCGAACUUGUCUCCCACAGAGUGUUCAUUGGGCGGAUGUUGUCCGUCACUCCACAGCAGAAGGGUUGGGGAAUGUACGCUCAGCUUCUCAUCGACUUGUUCAAGUUCCUGGCUCCGUUUCUUCGCAAUGCAGAACUUGCAAAGCCUGUCACACUGUUGUACAAAGGAACCCUGAGAGUCUUGCUGGUGCUCCUGCACGACUUCCCAGAAUUUCUCUGUGACUAUCACUACGGCUUCUGUGAUGUAAUUCCACCUAACUGCAUUCAGAUGCGGAACGUGAUCCUGUCGGCAUUUCCCAGGAACAUGCGGCUUCCUGACCCCUUCACACCGAACUUGAAAGUUGACAUGCUGCCCGAGAUAGCUCACGCCCCCCGGCUUCUGACCAACUUUGCAUCGAUGAUACAGCCUGUGAGCUUUAAGAAGGAUCUGGACUCAUACCUCAAGGCACGAGCUCCAGUGACAUUCUUGUCGGAGUUACGCAGCAACUUGCAGGUGUCGAAUGAGCCAGGAAUGUGUUACAAUAUUCCUCUGAUGAAUGCCCUCGUGCUGUACGUCGGCACGCAAGCCAUCACCUUCAUCCGCAACAAAGGGCUAACUCCAAACAUGUCAACCAUUGCACAUUCAUCUCACAUGGAUAUAUUUCAGAAUUUGGCUGUGGAUCUUGAUACGGAAGGGAGGUAUCUCUUCCUUAAUGCUAUUGCCAAUCAGCUGCGUUACCCAAACAGCCACACGCACUACUUCAGCUGUACCCUCCUGUAUUUGUUUGCUGAAGCGAACACAGAAGCAAUCCAGGAGCAAAUCACAAGGGUGCUGUUGGAGCGACUGAUUGUAAACAGGCCUCAUCCCUGGGGUCUUCUCAUUACAUUCAUUGAGCUUAUCAAGAAUCCAACUUACAAGUUCUGGAAUCAUGAGUUUGUGCAUUGUGCGCCAGAAAUUGAGAAGUUGUUUGAGUCAGUGGCUCGAUCUUGCAUGGUGCAGAAGCAGGUGCAACCCCCGCAGGAGAAUGAGUUGGCAGAAUAAUGGCCGAUGGUGGAUGUAGCAGCAGGCAGUCGUUUAUACAAAUUGUUUAUUUUCAGUACGGUGGUGUAAAUAGCAAAAUUGAUAGUGAAUCUAGUCUUCGAAGAAAAGAUCACUUGACUAUUUUUUGUAUUCAUAGUUUCAGUUUGAUGUCUUCAUUUUUAAAGAUUUUGUGAUGAAAAAUUAUAAUUACAUACAUGUGGCCAGUUUCUUUGUUCUCAUAUGUGAGUCAGGUACUAAGAACAUUUUCUAUCAGAAGAUUUGAGAGAAAUUCCACAUGUUUAAGAUAGGACUCUAGUGUACAAAUGUAUCUCUUUUUCUAUGCUUUUUUCAACUGUAUUAUAGGAUCAUGGUGUCAUGUUUGGGGUUUUCUCCAAACUCAGGAUACAGAUGUUAUGGUCAGUCAGUAUACGUUAGGCAGAAGUGACUUCACUAAACUAUAUUACAGCUGAAACAGCUUCCAGUGUCUUUUAUUUGUAGAAAUAUAACCAUAAUUGCUUUAUAUUGUGCUGACUCGAUCUGUGUGCUUGCUGCGCUGUGUCUAAAAUGAAGACAUGGCACAGGAAAGAAAAUAUUUUCAGUUUUAUGUUGUAAUCAGAGUUUGUAGUUGUAAAGAAAUUUGUUAAUAAUGAAACUCCCAAAAUGUUGGUUUCCAAACUUUCUAAUGUACGCAUGCACACAGCCUGUAUGUAUUUCAGUUUAGCAGAAGGAAUAAUAUAUUUCUGUAUAAUUAUGUAAAAUAACUUUAAUAAUGCUAAAAUAUGUUAAUUCAUGAACCACAUGAAAUCUUGUUUAAAUUGCAUCAAGACCCCAAUUUCUCACCCUUGUCCGACUUCUGGAUAUUCCUUUGUGAGAUUGAUAAAUGCAUUCAUCUGUCAAAGAAGAACACGGACUGCCAUCUGUUUAUGACAAGAUGAAAUGCUAAUGCAGUCUGACCUUCAACUUCAAGACAAGGCUGUGAUGACUGGACACAGUGGCCAGUCAUGGCUGGGAGAUUAAACUGGUUCUUUUUCUCCCAUAGCUGAAUGUUGCAAAAUGAAUGUCCUCUUGAUCUGUGUAUACAAGGCUAAAGUCAGAAUGUCUUAUGGUAAGACAGGUUAUAUAAUUAAUUUUUGCUGGUCUUCCCAUGUGUGAUUUCUUCUUCAACUGGUUGGAUUUGUUUAGGCUUUUAUCCACAUUUAUCCAAGUGUUCUUUGCUUUUCAGUCUUUUUUCUUUCCAGUGGCCUGUGUUUGUUUUUGCACUCUGUUUAUGUAAUAUAUUAACUUUAGUGAUCUCA